CCUCCAACCAACCAACUAUCUCCUAUUCCAUCCUCAUCUCCAUCGCAACUCACCUCACACCUUCACUCUUGAAUUAACCCCCGUUAACCACUGUACCGCGAACUUUUUCGAUUCCGCACGCACGCUCGUUUACACAAUCGUUUCGUCCCAUACGCGUUCCAUUUACACAGCAGUCGACUACUCUGGUUGCUAUACUAUACACCCCCGAAUCCCCACCGAACCGACGUACGAAACGCAACGAACGAACUCACACAGGGUCCCACAUACUGCCCACCCCGACCACGCAGCUCUCGCUGACCACCGCCCGUCCAGCCCUACAGUCAAUGAACUAACUCGAUGCCGUGGACACCGCUUCCACGCAUCGCCUUCGCGAUCGCGACGUACCCGUUCAACCCAUCGACGCGCGACGACCUCCCGCUCGAGCUUGGCGAUGAGCUGUACAUAAUCGAGCAGUGCGCGUCGGGGCAAUGGUUCCGCGGGUAUCUUGUCGCGCCGCCGUCGCUGCUCGCGGGACUGACGAGCACAAAGGGCGCCACGCUUGAGGCCCGCGUGUUCUCCGGCAUCUUCCCGGCCGCGUGCGUCGACGUCAAGGAGUUCUUGACCACGGAGGUCCCCGCUGCGGAGGGGAUGGUGGAGGAUGAGGAGGAGGAGGGGGAUAUGGAGGACGAGGAUCCGGACCAGGCGGCGGAGGUGGAUAGAGCCCGGGAGCUGAAGCGCAACCGCAGCAGGAAGAAACGGGACUCGCUCAUGCGCGGUGGUGGGAGUAGGUCUGGUCAUAGGAGUAGGAACCCUGACCGGCCGCGGCCCGCCGCGCCGGUGCCCAUGCUCAAGGUCGGCGAUGAAACUAGCAGCUAUGAGGGAGAGCCACUGGUCGACGAGAUAGCAAGUUGUCUCCGCGAGUGGCAUGCGGCGAAUCUGCACGAGCUCCUGCUCGGACGGCAGUACCCGCUGCUGGACGAGUUCUCGGCGCUGGUCCAGCAGCUGGACCUGUCACGAAGGCAGCUGCUGAAUGAUGUGCUUACUAGGCAGGAGUUGGUGCGCACGAGGGAGGACACCGUGUGGAGGCUCGUCAAGGGGAAUAAGUUGCUGGGGAGGGAGAUCAUCGUGCGGGAUCCGGUCACAGGGAGGAUACUCACGGGAGAGGACUCGAGUGUCGAGAUCACCCAGCUGCAGAGCGUCAUGUCGCUGCUCGACGAGCCGCCGAGGAUGAAGGAGGAUGGCGCGGUGAGGAGGAAUCAUCUGCAGCUCGAACACCGCGGAUUCAUUGGGGGCAAUGGCAACACCGAACCCACCACGAUCGUCUACUACCUCGCCACGAAAGCCAACAAGCCCGUCUCGGAGUCCCUGAUCGUCGAACUCGAUGCGAGCGGCAAGCCGAUCGACCAAGCGGCGAGGCUGAUGGCCUUGUUCACCGAUAUAUCGGCGAGGGAUGCCGAGGAUUUGUUUCUCGUUGCGAGAGUCUACACCAACGGCAGCAUGGCGUGCGCGGGGCCGAACGCGGGGAGUAGCAGCAGUGGCAGCAGCUCCAAGUCGAACGCAAGUGGAGUCGACGGCGGAAUGGCCAAGGCGAUCAAUCACCACCACGCACGGGUUGCAUCGCCUACCCGCGAGGAGAAGAAAUUGAAGGGACGUGUCAGUGUGCUGUUCAAUCCCAGGCCGAAAACGCCGGGGAAGGAAAACGACAUUAGAGUGAAGUCGGCAGGAAAGUCCGGCAGUUCGCGGCGAGAUCACGAUAGCACCCCGUCGAGUCCUGCGUCGUCGGCAGGUGGCUAUACCCCGCCCAUCCCCGCGAUGCCCCAGUUGAAGCCUAAGAUGGUGGAAUUCAAGAAGGCAAUCGGCGUCGGCGUGCUGGAUAUUGGCAGGUUCAUCAAGCAGGACCAAGGCGCCGAGCAGGUGAUGCACAUCUUCAUCCCUCAGCGGCCGACCACCACCGACGGCGCCGGCAAGGGUUCCGUGCGCGACAAGAACAACAGCAGCAGCACCCCCGAGUCGAUCGAUGACUGGGACCGGCUGGUGCGCGAUGUGAUCGAGGCACGCACCAAGAGUCCCUCCGUCCCCGAGCCGAUGCUGGGCUCCAACUACCGCAAGUCCUCAGCGGCAUCCGACAUGCGACUGCCGCACGAGAAGAACGCACGAGCCGACAAACUGCAGAUAUACAUGAAGCCGUUCCCGGCUCCGGACGCGGAGGAGCUCAUCCGCAGCAUGCCAACCGUGUUCCACCAAGUCACGCCCACACGCAAGAUCGGCUUCACCGGCGCGCCCACCAAGCCCCGCAGCGACAUCUACAUCACGCUCUCGUCACUGACUCUCCCGCGGCACGCCGUAUUCGUACACCCCAAGAUCGGCUCGACGCCGUUGCCCCCGUGGUCGCAGUUCGGUCAGCUACAGCUAUCGAUGGAAGUGCGGCGGAAUUCGGGCGAGAAGAUUGGCAACGUCAUCUUCCCAUCGGCGAACUCGCCCGGCCUGACGAUAUGGAAAUCGGCGACGAUAUCCUCGAGGGACGAGACGUGGAGCCAGACCGUGCGGCUGUCGCUGAGGGAAGAAGACGUGCCUGAUGCGCAUGUGUUCCUCUCGCUCUCGGGGAUUCCGAACCCGCCAGCGGCGAUGGCGUGGUUCCCGCUGUGGAAUAAGGGCUCGUUCCUGAAGGAUGGAGAGCACGAGCUGGUGCUGCAGAAGUACGACGAGGAUACGGCGCUGCCGUUCGGGAAUGGGUCGCUGGGGAGCGGGUACAUCGCUACGCCGUGGAUUCCCGAUCCCAGUGGAUGGGCGGCGGCCCUGGCCAUGGGCGGCGCGCCUUCGCACAUCAAAGUCAAGAGUUUCCUCUGCAGCACAGUGUUCUCGCAGGACGAUGUUCUGCUGUCGUUGCUGCGAUGGAAGGAACUCGCGCAGACGGAGCUCAUCGACUGCCUCCGCAAGGUUGUCUUUGUGCCGGAGAUGGAGAUCGUCAAGCUGCUGCGUGAGGUAUUCGACGCGCUCUUCGAGGUGCUUGUUGAGAACACGUCAAAGGCCGAGAUCGAGGACCUGGUGUUCAACGCCGUCGUCACCGUACUUGGCAUCGUCAACGACCGCAGAUUCAACAUGGAGCCGAUCGUCGACGAAUACAUCCACACGCUCUUCGACUACCCGUUCGCGGCGCCGUGUCUGCUGCGCUCGUUCACGCGCCUGCUCAACGACCCGUCGCAUAUCGACAACUCGGUGCGGCUGCGCGCCGCGUUCAAGGUCGGCAAGCACAUGUUCCACUUCAUCGUCAAGGCGCGCGAGAAGCAGGUGCUCAAGGAGAAGAGCAUCGGUAUCAACGGAUCCCAGUCGUUCACCAAAGAUCUCCGCGGCGUGUUCAAGCUGCUCGAGAACUUGAUGCAGAGCGCUGAUCCGCGAUUGGUCGGCUCACAGACGCUGGCUGUCCAACAUUUCCAUCAGUGGCUGCCGGAGCUGGUCGGUGUGCUGACGCAGGAGGAUAUUCUACUCGUCGCUAUCGACUUUAUGGACUCGUGUCUCAAUGUCAAGGGGAAGCUGGUGCUGUACAAGCUGGUGCUGAUCGUUAACUACUCGCGAAGCCAACUAUUUUCGCUACCGGAGGAUCGCCGCGCGUUGACGGUGAACACUGUUCGGUGGCUGGAGCCGCAUUGGGGGAGGACGUAUGAGGUCACAACUCAAUGGCGGGAGCAGGUGCGGCUAUGCUGCAGCGUCAUCGCGGAACAGGUCGAGGAGCUCGCCGAGGAGGUGUCGGAGUACAUCCCCAAGAUUGUGGAUUCGUACCGGAUCAUACAGGCGCACGGACAUGGGGAACGGGACUCUUUCAGUCUGCUCUUCCCGAAGACAUAUCCGUUCCCGUCGAAGCCGCUGCCGCUGACAGAAGGUUCCGGUCCGGUGUUCGACGAAGCGCUGAUCGAGCUCUCGGCGAUCCUGGCGGCGAUGUCGAGUAUCCCCACGAGUCUGCACCUGGUCCUGCUAGAGGACGACCUCGCCACGCUGCUAAUGGACGUGCUGAAGGUGCACAUGAGCAUCCUCAAGUGCGAGGCGUUCCCCGAGUCGUGGCUCAGCGUGCACAUCUACCAGCAUAAGAGCACCAUGCGCACGCUCGAAAAUCUUGCGGGGAUCCUGGUCGACUCGUUCCUGCCCGAUCCCGACGACGCCGAUAGGUUCAACAUGGACUUGUGGCAGGCGUUCUUUUCCACGCUGCUGACGCUCGUCGGCAGUGAUGCCCUCGCCCUGGAGACGUUUCCCGAGCAGAAGCGCCGCGCCGUGUGGAAAGUUGCCGGGGACGUGCGCGAGGUCGGCGCUGAUCUGUUGAGAAGGACGUGGGAGGCGAUUGGGUGGGAGACGAGCUCCGAUGAUAAGAGGAGGUUUGCGAUCGAGAAGAUGGGCGGGUAUCAGGUGCAGUAUGUGCCAGGCCUUGUAGCGCCGAUCGUCGAGUUGUGCUUGAGUGUCCACGAGGGCCUCCGCAGUGUCGCCGUCGAGGUGCUUCAAACCAUGGUCGUCAGCGAGUGGACCCUUAGUCAGGAUCUCAGCGUGAUUCAGGCAGAGAUGAUUGAUAGUCUCGACCGCCUGUUCAAGAGUAAGCGUUUGACCGAGAGCAUCACGCAGAAACUGUUCAUUGCCGAUCUCAUCGAGCUGUUUAAGCCACUCUCGUUGAUUCCCGAGGACCCGCUCUCGGAGACGGUGGGUGUGCUGCUCAGGACAGUCGACGAGUUCUUGGAUCUCCUCGUCGCCGUGCAUAACACGCCGCUCGGCGAGGCUUACCAUAUCAUGGACACCCUGCGACUAAUGGAUUUCCUCAAGGAUAUGCGCAAGGAGGAUAUGUUUAUCCGCUACGUCCACCAGCUGGUCAAUGUGCAGCUGCAAUCCAACAACCUCGUCGAAGCGGCGCUGUCGCUGAAACUACACGCGGAUCUCUACACGUGGGAUGUGCACGAGCGCGUGCCCGCUCUCACGGACCCGAAGUUCCCGGAACAGACGGCGUUCGAGCGGCGAGAGCAGUUGUUCUUGGAGAUGAUUGGUUACUUCGAGGACGGCCGCAGCUGGGAGCUGGCAUUGGACACGUACCGCGAGCUCGCGGAUAACUACGAGCACACGGUGUUUGAAUACACGAAACUGGCGCGCUGCUAUCGGGCCAUGGCGAAGCUGCAGGAGUCGAUCCUUGAGGGCAACAAGAGCGAGCCCCGGUUCUACCGCGUUGCCUACUACGGAAUGGGAUUCCCCGUCGGACUGCGGGAGAGGCAGUUUGUCGUGCAGGCGGGGCCGUACGAGGGCGUGCAAAUGUUUGCGGACCGCAUGCUCAUGCAGCAUCCGGCGGCAAGACUCGUCGAUGAUCAUGUCGACAGCGUCGAGGGGCAGUUCAUCCACAUCCUUCCCGUCACCCCGGAGAUCAACUAUGCGAUCCCGGCGUACCGCAAGCAGCGCGUGCCAGCCAAUGUCAGGGACUACCUCACCAAGCGCGGCAUCAGGGCGUUCAGCAUCGCGCACCAGCCCGAGGAGAACACGGCGGAGGAUGCGUGGACCGAGAAGACGGUGUUCAUCACGGUCGAGCCGUUCCCGGCGAUCCUGAAACGGUCCGAAGUGCUCGACUCGGUCAUUGUGGGUGUGUCCCCUGUCGAGCGCGCGAUCGAAGAGGUUCUCCGCCGCACACGCGAACUGCAGGAGCUCGAUCAUAAGUACGCCGAACAGAAGAUCGCUGAUGUCUCGCCGUUCUCGAUAUGCCUCACCAACGCUGUCGAUGCGAAUAAGAGCGUCGCUAACUACAGGAACCUGCUCGAGGAACACGAGACCAAGGAGGAGCUGAGGGAGUCGCUGAGAACAGUGUUGGCCGAGCAUGUGGCCAUCAUUAAGAAGGCGUUGAGCACGCACGCCCGCAUCGUUCCUGACAACCUCCGGUCAGUGCAGGCUAACUGCUCGAAAGCGUUCGAGGCGACUUUCCGACGUGAAUUAGCGGAAGCCAGUCCACCACCUCUCGCCGUGCCCUCGGUGCCCCCAGGGCAAUGGAAACCGCAAGCCACCACUACCUCCUCGCAGCAGCAAUCAGUGCACGAAGCGACAUCCGCGCAGAUCCACAAACUAGAGCACCACCCAACACCGCUGACCGCACCCCCACCACAAGUCCGCCUCAACCGCAGCAUGUCCGUCCGCUCAGAAGCGAACACGGAGAAGUCCGCGUCCACCGGCCGCAGGCUCACCAGCAUGAUCUUUGGCAACGGCGGCGCAAAGGAAGUCAUGGUGUCCUACCGCCCAGCUAUGCCGCCGAUGCCGGCGGGACAUCCGCCGCCGCCCCCGCCACCGCCCCCGCCCGAGUCGCUGAGGUCGGUGUCUACCUCUAGAUCUAGAAGCAAUAGUGUCUCCACCAGCCGCAGCAGGAAGAGCUCCAAGAGCGCAGGUCCGGCGCGCGGCCGCGAGAGCUUGGAUGAGCGCGACAGGCCGAAGACCGCCGGCAGGUUCGAGAAGGGCAUGGGGAACGUGAAGCGGCGGUGGAGCGCGCUGCACCUAGUGCCUAAUGGCGCGGCGAAGAGGGAGGGGAAGCGGGAUAGGAGCAGGGGGAAUGGCGGGAGCGAUAUGGGGAGUACGCUGGAGGAGGAUGAGGAUUGAGUAUUGAAGCAGAUAUGUAUGCGAUAGGUGUUUUGUUUUGUUUUGUUUUGUUUAACUUUGCUUUGUGUUGCUUGCUUUGGCAUUAAAGGAUUGCUGGCGCGUUUCUUUUAUUAUUAUUUGUUAUCUUAUUUCUGUCACUUCGGCUGGCAUAGGGAUUGGGGGCGGGCGGGGGAGUGGGA